AUGGGGUGCUUCUGCGCGUUCCCCAGGGGCGGCGAGAUCGACAGCGAGCGCGAGGUAGUCACACAAUACCGACAGCCGACCGGAAAGGAGGUUCAUGGCAGCCCAGUCGAAAGCGCUACCUCCUUCCCGGAGUUCCUGUCAUCCGCCUCGUUCCCUGGGAAGCAGGGGCGUCGCGACGAGUCGCCCAGCACAGCAACAGCCGUAUCCCCGCUGGAGUCAGACCUGGGGCACUUUGACCUGGAUCGGAGAGCGAUCACGCAGAUGAACCAGCUUAGCCACUCGCAGCCACCCUCCCCCAAGACGCCCAAGCAGUGCGUGGAAGCAGAGGAUGGAACUGCUCAAGUGGACGUGCAGCGAACAGGCAGCGAGGCUGCAUGGCAAGGGAACCCCAUCAGGGGGCACCCCAGGUAUAGGAAGCUAAAGGAGGUUCGGGGGCGGGGGGCCGCUUCUCGAGCAGAGGAGGAUUUGCGGGUGCUGCUGUGCAAGGAUGAGGACACCGGCCGGCUGGUUGUCAUCAAAUUUUUGCGCAGAGGCACGGCCGAGGUGGAAAACGCAGAGCAGGAGGUCAUGAACUUGCGGCUGUGCACGGCGCACCCCUACAUAGUGCACCUGCGACAGGUGUUCCUGACAAAUCAGUACCUUGCGAUAGUCAUGGAGCACACGCCAGGUGGCAACCUGUUGGACUACAUCACCAACAACUCCCCGGACGUGCCAGGGGUCGGACUCCAUGAGGAGAUCGCCAGGUCGUUCUUCCAGCAGCUGUUGGUGGCGGUGGACUUCUGCCACGCGAUGGACAUAGCGCUGACAGAUGUGCGGCCGGAGAGCAUCAUGUUAGUAGAGGCAAAUGAUGCCCCCAGCCUGUGUAGCAUAGGGUCCCACCACGGGGAGGGCUUCGUGACCCCUGUGGGGGGUUUGGGCCGGCGGGGGGUCCCGCGGCUCAAGCUGUUCAGCUUCCGGCUCGGCGGCGGCGCGCAGCCGGCCAUGGCCGGCCGGGCUGACGCGUAUACAGCGCCAGAGGUGCUGCAGGGCGGCCCUUCUGAAAGACAGGCUGCUGGGAUUUGGUCCUGCGGUGUGCUGCUGCACUACAUGCUGACGGAAGAGCUGCCGGAUUUGGAGGCCCUGAAGACCGGCGCCCAGCGGGGGGCGUUGCCUCUGCACCUCAAGGGUGUUUCGGCCGAGUGCCGCGACCUGCUGGGGGGGAUGCUGCAAGUGGACCCUGCCGAGCGCGCAGAUGCCUGGUGGAUCAUGAACCACCCCUGGUUCCAAAUGGACUGCCCGGAGGGGCUGGUGGAUGUGGACACGGAGCUGCUGAUAAUGCUGGAGGAGGGCAUGCUUGAUGGCUUCUGCGAGCAAUCCGAGGCUGAGCUUGGCAGCGUCCUGCGCCGGGCGCAGCAGCUGCAAUCGCCCAAGUCCCAGGCCGAGCGCGGCGCGUCGGGCGUGCUAUAG